UGUCAUCUAUUUUCCUACUUAAUUUUCCCUUUUCUCUUUUUGGAACCUUUUCACUUUGCACUGCACGGCACUGUACACUCUUCCCCUCUCUCACCUCCACUGAAGCGGCUUCUGAGCUUUCUCUCCCCUCCACUGAAGCAGCUUCUGAGAAUGCUGUCUUAGUCUUACUUAAAGACAAUAGAGAAGAAAAAGAGAGUGAAGAUUCCCCAGUAAGUGGAGUGAGCUACUGCAAGUUGGUUUUGUGAAAGAAAUAUGGUAGAGCGAUUCUUUGAUGGCGGUAGCACCAACUCUGUUACCACUGUUGCUGUACAACCUCAAGAAGGCUGUUGCUCUACAUCUGAUCCAAUUACGCUGCUCACUGGCCCUCCAUCCUGACAUCACUUCUAUUUCAGUUUGCUUUGAACAUGGCAGCUCACUGUCAGUCCACGUCACAGGGAUACAUUGUCUUUAUCUGCAAUCGUCGCCAUUUUGAAACCAAACCUCCUUUCCUCUCUCAGGGAGUUGAUGCUUCUUCACAUAUCUUUCAGCGAAUUCAUAUCAAGUAUAUAGAUGAUUAUGAUGAUGAAGGCAUCAAGAAAUUUUUUGCUGCCUUCCAUCAUCUUCAUCCUUUGCCCAUUGCUGUUAUUAUUGAUGAUUUUGGUGACUUCUUUCUUGAAAGCAAGUGUCAAAUGAAGUAUAAUAAUCCUCGUGGAAGGGACUUAGCCAUGGUCCGAGUUUUAGCCCUUUGUCAUAGUGCAAUCAUCCAUGCCAGUAAAACAACAGCUUGCCAGCUUUUGCUCUCUGAUACGUAUCAUGGAGACUUUCCUAGACAAUUUAUCUACAAAAGAUGGAUUUCGUCUAUUUUCACAGUCCAAGGUGAAGGUGAUGGAUCUGGCUCAUUUCUUCUUAAACAUAGUGUGCAUGUGCAAGGAAAGAGCAUAGGAAAAAGGAGUGCUAGAUACUCUAUAGCACUUCAGUACCUGGUUUUGGAGGGAUUCAGGGAAGACACACAGAUUUGAAUGUGUGAUGUAAUAUGUCACUUGGUUAGUUUUAUCUACUCUAAAUGCUUCUCAAAUCUGAAAACUUGUAUAUGCAAACUAAUUCUAGGUGUUGGGAACUUGCAAUAUUUCUACCCCAGUAUACGAGAUUAGCAUGUACUGUUUUUUUUUUUUUUCUUUUUUUUCCCUUAGAGAUAGCUACGUCUGUGUUUUAUGUCGGAUAUCAACUGGUUGAUCUUUUUACAGCUCGUAUACUAUAAAGCAGGUCUUUCAAACUGUUACUUGUGGAAACAUUACUUUAUAAAAGAAUGUUUACAGUCCUUAUCACCAAGUAAGUUGAACCUUAUGUCAACAUCAACAGAGUCGAUUUUGUAAAAAGAAAAAAAAAAAAAAAAGGAGUAUGCCCAAUGUUAGGUUUUACAUGUCUUAAUACUUAAAUUCAAGAGUAAAAUUUGAUUACAAAUGGCAUGCCAAGUGUAGAGAACUCACUAAAUGUUACAUCAAGUGUUGGCAUACAGGACAACCAUGUAGCUACUGUAGAAGUUGAUGUAGCUAAACAUGAUGUUUGCACAAUUUCUGGUAUAGUGAUGUAAGGACACGCCAAAUCCUUGAAAGCUUCACUGUAUAGGUUGAGAGGUUAUGUGGGUCGUUUGCAUUUGUUUUGUUAUGAUUGUGUAGUAUCUGAGUAUUUCUGUAGUAUCUGUGCAAUUAAUAUUUGGUUUUUAAGGACAAGUACUUCAAAAAUUAAAAUAUUUGUCCAAUUAGAAUAGCUAACUUGAUUUUGAGACGAACCUAUAUAUUUUCACCCAAUUAAAACCUGAUUCGGUGAUUCCACUAUUUCCCUUUACAAUUGCUGCUAUUUAUCUAUUUUGCAUCUACACUUCUGUUUUUAAACGCAUUGUGACAUUAACGUUGACAACUUUUCGAUUGUUUUGGCACUUGAAAGAUUUGCUUUUAGUUCUGUUUUUGAUGGGCAAUUUAACUGAACAGUCCUUGGAUUAUUGUGUCAGCUUCUGGAGGAUCAAUCCAUCACUCCUCCACCAAUUAUAAUGUGAUAUGAAGGUUUUGGUGCGUGUUCAUGUGGUUACCUUUAGCCUGUGAUUUUCAAAACAAGCUGACGUUGAUCGCAAUGGUAAACUUCUUUUCAUUUAAGUUUUUUUGUUUGUUAUUCUAGCACCCUAUUUUCUAUAACUCUUUUCUUAGUUAAUAUACUCCAUUCAGUUUCUUUAUUCAUUCUACUAUCAUAGCAUGAUGAACUUGUUGAAUCCA